UGAAGCAGGUGUGGGAGAAGACAGCAAACCCAACAAGGCGAGAAACCAUCUGAAACCAGCUGAGAAAGCUAGAAAAGCAUUUUAUAGAGCAGAGCAUGGACACAGAGAGGGUGCAGUAACAACCAGCAAGAAACAUGACCACUCCUCUAGCUAGCCUCAUCUUCAGCCUUGCAGUUGUAGAUAGCAUUAGUGCUGACACGUUGACCCUGGAGGGUCAUGUUGGAGGAGAUGUUCAGAUCAGAUGUUCCCACAUCAGCGCCGAUGACAAUGUCAAGUACUUCUGCAUGGCGUCCUGCAUGACUGAGAGUGACAUUCUUGUUAAAAGUGCAAGACGUGGUGAACCAAAUAUAGACGGGAGGUAUUCGCUAUUUGACGAAGGUUCUGGAGUCUUCAUGGUGACCAUCUUUAACCUGAAGAAGUCCGACUCUGGGACUUACUGGUGUGGAGUGGACAGAGUACAUAAGCAGUCCCUACAUGAGGUGAUUCUAACCAUACUGGAAGGAGAGAAAAUUCCAGAAAGUGACUCCGGCAUCCUCCACCUAACAAAGUCUCCAGUGGGACCAGACAGUUCAUAUUCAACUGAAGAGCCAAAUGGCAUCAUGUUUUGUAUCAAAUGAACACAAAGUAGAGCUCACUGUCAGGUUAUGUGACUCACAGCUUACACUGAAAAUUUGACUUUUUGCUUGAAAGCGCAAAAAUUUGGAAGGGCACUGCAAAUGACCGAUCCAGCGCGGACAAUAAACAAGCCUGACUGCUCUCAUUCAUGCAUACACCUCUUCCAGAUGUUGUAGAAUUAAUGUCACAUGUAGGGCAUUAUUG